AUGCAGAGGUCCAAGGUCGGGAGGUCCCCAAGGCGCAGCUGUGCCGACGAGAAAGAAGAGCUCAUCCGGACUCGGUCCGCGCUGUCGUCCACCACCUCCCAGCUGAGCGACAUGGCAGACGAGCUGAGCUGCACGCGCGCGGUCCUCCGCACAACAUCCCUUGACCUGGCCGCCAAAGUACAGGAGCUGGAGGCAAGGCGGCACGAUGCCGAGGAGUUGCAGCACCGGCUCGAGGAGGCCAAGGGAGAGCUGGGGCUGACGCGAAGCCGGGUGCUGAGCAUAGAGAGGGAGCUGCACCGCACACGCAGCUCGCUGGGAACCUACCAGAGCCAGCUGGAUGCGGCUCGCUAUGAGAUGGUAGAGUCGAGGCUUGCCACGGAGGGGAGUUGGUAG